UGUUUCCCUCUCUUUUCGAAGAUCCCUCAUUUUCAAAUCACUGCCCCGCUCUGCUUUAUUCUCUCUUCUCUCAUUUUCACACCAGCCUUUCUUCUUCCAUUUCCGCCGUUGAUCGGUGAAAUUCCAAUAGGAUCUCAUCCACAAGUGUAGAAGAAAUGCCGUUUUUAUCGGACACGGCCAGUGCAAUCAAGAGCAGGUUCGGGUUUCAGGAUCAUGCAUUGAGCAGCUAUAAUCCUCCACGGGGUUCACCGGAUUUUCUUAAAUCGGCGACCAAGGAGAGUGUCGCUCAGAGUUCGGUUAUACGGAGUAUUGGUCAGUUCAACGAUGAAGAUGCAGUCAGUGAUGUUACUGGACCGUCGAGCCAGUGCUUUGAGCUUCGUGAAGAUCCAUCGUUCUGGAAGGAUCACAAUGUGCAGGUGAUCAUAAGGAUUCGCCCACUUAGUAGUUCAGAAGUAUCUUUGCAAGGCUAUGGAAAAUGCGUUAAGCAAGAAAGUUGUCAGACUGUUACAUGGACAGGGCAUCCUGAAUCACGCUUUACAUUUGAUUUAGUUGCAGAUGAGAAUGUUAGCCAGGAGAAGCUUUUCAAAGUUGCUGGAUUACCCAUGGUGGAUAACUGUGUUGGAGGCUACAACAGUUGCAUGUUUGCAUAUGGCCAAACUGGAAGUGGAAAGACUCACACCAUGCUUGGAGAUAUUGAGGCAGGUACACGAAGGCACAGUGUCAACUGUGGGAUGACACCAAGAGUAUUUGAAUACUUAUUCACGAGAAUUCAAAAGGAAAAAGAGGCUCGGAAAGAUGAGAAGCUGAAGUACACUUGUAGAUGCUCAUUUCUGGAAAUAUAUAAUGAACAGAUACUUGAUCUUCUGGACCCAUCAUCUAACAACUUACAGAUUAGGGAAGACAGUAAGAAAGGAGUUUAUGUAGAGAAUCUCAAAGAGAUAGAAGUUACAAGUGCACGAGAUGUUCUUCAGCAGCUUAUUCAGGGUGCUGCAAACAGAAAGGUGGCAUCCACCAAUAUGAACCGUGCUAGCAGUCGUUCCCAUAGUGUAUUUACAUGCAUCAUUGAAAGUAAGUGGGACUCCCAAGGCGUAACUCACCAUCGUUUUGCUCGACUUAAUCUUGUUGAUUUAGCCGGAUCAGAAAGGCAGAAGAGUUCUGGAGCUGAAGGUGAGCGUCUUAAGGAAGCUACUAAUAUCAACAAAUCACUUUCCACAUUAGGGCUUGUGAUAAUGAACCUAGUGAAUAUGUCCAAUGGAAAGUCACUUCACGUACCUUACAGGGACUCCAAGCUUACAUUUCUGCUUCAGGAUUCUUUGGGAGGAAAUGCAAAAACGAUCAUAAUUGCAAAUAUCAGUCCUUCAAGCGGCUGUUCUUUGGAAACGCUAAGCACGUUGAAGUUUGCACAACGAGCUAAAUUUAUAAAGAACAAUGCAAUUGUGAACGAAGAUGCUUCUGGAGAUGUAAUUGCCAUGAGGCUACAGAUUCAACAACUUAAGAAAGAAGUUUCCAGGUUGCGGGGUUUAGUUAAUGGAGGAGGAGACAGUCAAGAUAACGAUAGUUUAGCAGUAAGCUUCCCGGGAUCUCCAGGAACCUUAAAAUGGGAAGGACUUUACGGAUCAAUGAGUCCCCUUACAACUGGGAAAAGGAUGACUCAGAGGAGAGACUAUGAAGUUGCCCUUGUUGGGGCCUUUAGAAGGGAAAAAGACAAGGACAUGGCGUUGCAAGCAUUAACUAACGAAAAUCAGGCAGCGAUGCAACUGGCCAAGCAAAGAGAGGAUGAAAUCCAAAGCCUUAAAAUGAGACUAAGGUUUCGAGAAGCAGGAAUAAAAAGGUUGGAAGCAGUUGCUUCUGGAAAGAUUUCUGCAGAAACACACUUGCUGAAAGAAAAGGAGGAACAUUUGAAGGAGAUUGAAGUUUUGAAAAAUCAGGUUGAUAGGAACCAAGAGGUGACCAGAUUUGCUAUGGAAAACCUGCGGUUGAAAGAAGAAAUUAGAAGGUUGAAGUCAUUUUAUGAAGAGGGCGAACGAGACAUGGUACACGACCAGAUCAUGGUAUUGGAGAACAAGUUACUAGAAGCACUUGAUUGGAAACUAAUGCAUGAAUCAGAUCCCUCGUCAAUCCAGAAAGGAAAUUCAGACAUGUUGGCAGACGAUGAAAACUUUCUUAUUACCAAUCAGGACCGAGGAUCACCAUGGAAAUCUUCAAUUAAAGAGGAGAACGAAUUCCUUCGCAUGCAGGCAAUUCAUAACCAAGACGAAGUGGAUACACUUCGCAAGAAACUCGAACAAUGUCUUGAAGAAAAAGAAAAGCUGAAAAGGCAUGUAGAUGAAUUGGUAGCAAAAUUCGGGACUAAGGAGUAUACUGAACCUAUGGAUGGAGCUAAUCAAGUUGAGCUUCCUUUGGCAUCAACUGACACAUCCACCAUCAAUUUUAGCGACCAAGUGGAGUUAAAGACGAUGGUCGAUGCCAUUGCUGCAGCCAGCCAAAGAGAAGCAAAUGCUCAUGAAACAGCAAUAGCAUUGUCUAAAGAGAAUGAUGACCUGCGGAUGAAGCUAAGAGUUUUAAUAGAGGAUAACAACAAACUCAUCGAACUGUAUGAAACGGCAACUUCUGAAUGCAAGUACGAAAAUGUUGAAACUGCACAGAAUGAUGCCAGAGUGGUUGAAAUUUCCAAUGAAAAAGAGGCUCAUGAGAAAGCGGUUGAAGGGCUACAACAACAGCUAGUGGAAAUGCACGAGGAAAAUGAUAAGUUGAUGAGUUUGUAUGAAGAGGCCAUGCAAGAGAAAAAUGAGCUCAAAAAGAUGCUUUCUUCUUUAGAACGCACAAAAGUUGACACCAGAGGAGAAUCCGCUUGCAUUGAGAAGUUUGUUGAAGUUGAUGAUGGGAUGAACAAGGCAUGCAUCGAGACUCUCAAACCUAAUGAAGCGCAAAAUUUGGUCUGUCAAUCUGCACCACCUGAAAUGGAAAUGCUUGAUGGAGCGGAAGAGUGCAACGAGUCCACUCAAAACCAAGAAAAUUCUUUUGAAGAGCAAAACGAUGGUCUUGUUGAAGAAUUAUGUUCCGACAUAAAUUUCAUUGUGAAGGGAGGGAGUGGAUUGGAUGAAGAAGGCAAGUCUGUUGAAGAGAAAGAUACGUCUAUUUUGGAAAAUCCAAAGCAGAUGGAUGUUGGAACUCCUAUGGAAAUUGAACCACCACCAGCUCUUAUUGUAGAAAUGUUACCAGAAGAUUUAAGUAUAAUCCGAAAGAAGCUUGAAAAAGCAGAUGAACAGCUUUCAGAUUCAACCACAACUGUCACUAUUUUAAGUUCACUUGAGAAGAUGAUAAUUGAGGCCGAUAAACUCUCGAAACAGGUUGAAGUUGUGGAAGAUGAAGUACAGUUAAAGCAGAAGGAGGUUGAAUCCUUUAAACUCGCCUUAUCAAAAAAGCAAGAAAGUAGAGAUCUUGCACAAAAUAAGUUCUGUGCUUUGAGAUAUUCUCUAACUAACUUCUCGUCUUCGAUAUUUUAUUUUGAACAACGAGAAACAAGGGCAAAAGUAAGGGCAGAUGCUUCAAAAACUUAUUUGAACCAAAAGAAAAAAGAGUUGGCCUUCCUUCAAGCACGCAAAGAAGAAAUCGAAACUCGACACGUAAAGAUUCAACAAGCUGAAGUGGAACUGAAAAGCAACCUUGCAAGCUUAAACUCCAAAUUAGAUGAAGAAAUUCAAAAGCAGGAAAAUGACAAGGUCCUCUUUGCAAUAGAUAAUAUUGAGAAAACAGAUCCCCAACCAAAGAGCUGGCAGUUUGCGGGUCGAGCCACGGAUUUACUCAAGUCUGCAGAAGAGAAAACUAAGUUGCAAAAUGAAACGAAGCUAGCUAAAGAAAAACUUGGGGUCAUAAGAAAGGAACUUGAAGAUUUGACGAGGAAGUCAAAAAAGGUUGAUACUGAUAUUGAAUCUAUUCAGUUGGAGGUACAGAAGGCUUCAAAGUCAGUCGACGAGAUGGAACUUGCAUUUCAGGGGGUAAUCAAUGAGAAGAACACACUGUUGGAAACUCGGGAUGUUGGAAUAGAAGAAUUUGAGAACAUUAUUUUGGAGUGCCAAGAGUGCAUGUUUGAAGCAGGUCUGAAGGAGGCAGAGAUCAAAAUAUUGGAAGAAGAACUGCAGAUGGAGCAUAGAAGGAUGGAGGAAUUAGUAAUUGCAAAGUCUGUAUCCGUCCAAAAGAUGAUGCAAUUAUUAGAAGAUAACGGGCGUAGCUCAUGCUUCUUAUCUGAAAAAAUGGAAGAAAUGUUGAAAGGCAUUCGUUAUUCAGUUAUGGAGGCAAGAUCAUUGUUAGGGGAGGAAAAUCUACAACACAGUUAAGUUUUCAUUUUAACUGUUGCCACAAUUUAUGUAUAUGUGCAGUUGUAGAUGAUUGUGCUGAUAAUGCCUAAUUGAUUGAUCCCCUUUUUGAUCC